AUCCUCUUUUACUGCAUUCUCUCUCUCCAUCUUUUACUAUUAUACUCUUUUCAUCUUACCACUCUCAUACCACAUUCCUCAUCUUGAGUUCCUUUUCUAUCCCACCUCUUUUUUUUUCCCCCUUCGAUAAACAGAAUUGCAUAGAAUCCUAGAAACAACAUGACUUUGAUAAGUUUUGCUGGAAAAGGAUAUCAAGAGUCCUCUGUGUCCAUUUUGGGCAACCUCAAGGGCUUGUGUUGCAGAUAACCUGUUUAUCGUUCCCCGUAGCCUUUCCUGCUAUCAAACCUAAAGCUUUUCUGUGAUGAGAACAUCACUUUAUACAAUGAUGACUAAAUACUCGUCAUGAGCUGAUGAGUAUUGAGCUUGGGGAAGAAUAUGGAGGAACCGGAGCUUCAUUUUUUUCGGUCAUAUUGGUGGUAGAAGAAUUGGCCAAAGUUGAUCCAGCUGUAGCUCUUCUAUGUGAACUCCAAAAUACACUAACAAAUAGGUUGUUUACCACAUACGGAACAGAAGAACAAAAGAGAACUUACUUGCCCAGAGUGUCUAAAGAUACAAUAGGCAGUUUCUGUUUGUCGGAGGCUGGUUCUGGCAGUGAUGCUUUUUCUUUGAAGACUCGUGCUGAAAAGAAGGGAGACUACUAUAUUAUCAAUGGCUCAAAGAUGUGGAUUAGCUUAGCAGAACAUGCUGGAGUUUUCUUUGUGAUGGCAAAUACAGAUCCCGCCUCAGGAUACAGGGGAAUUACGUGCUUCAUAGUAGAUCGCAACACAGAGGGACUACAUAUAGGGAAGAAGGAGGAUAAGCUUGGAAUCAGAGCAUCUUCUACUUGCCCAGUAACAUUUGAAAAUGUUAAGGUUCCUGAGACCAACAUCCUUGGACAGGUGGGACAAGGCUAUAAGUAUGCAAUCGGAAUGCUAAAUGGCGGAAGAAUAGGUAUUGCUGCACAGAUGUUAGGAUUGGCGCAGGGGUGUUUUGACCAUACAAUUCCCUACACAAAGGAGAGAGUCCAGUUUGGGAAAAGCAUAUUCGAUUUCCAGGGAAUGCAACAUCAGAUAGCUCAGGUGGCCACACAGCUGGAGGCUGCGAGGCUGUUGACCUACAAUGCAGCCCGUCUUGCAGAAACAGGAAAGCCAUUCAUAAAGGAGGCAAGCAUGGCCAAAUAUUAUGCUGCAGAGGUUGCCACACUGACAACUAGUAAAUGCAUUGAAUGGAUGGGUGGUGUUGGAUACACAAAAAAUUAUCCAAUCGAAAAAUACUACCGUGAUUGCAAGAUUGGUACGAUAUAUGAAGGAACUUCAAAUAUCCAGCUGAGCACCAUUGCAAAAAGCUUGGCCCAGGAGUACUGAGAACAUAAGGACUUCUUGACUGUUAACAGAUAUUAUUUCACUGAACAAUAACGGUGAAUUACAGGUUUAUUUGUAAUUGUAAAAAUCAAUAUGGUAUCAUAAAUGAGAAUACAUCAUCACAGACAAAAGCAUAAGGAAAACCAUGAAUUCCCAUUUUAGGACAGUGAAUGUGUAAAUCAUGCUAAAUCACGAAUUCCACGUUCAAAUCCAAAUCAUGGGUAAAAGUAUUUCUUUCUGCCCGAGACACUUCUAAGUUAAUAGGCUGACAUUAUUUUGUUGCUUUAGAUUAUACAAACAGCGUCUCUCAACUUUGAGAUUUCAAAGUGAGAACAAAGGAAAUCCUUGGCUUGGCUGGUGUAAAAGGUUCUGUUAAGCCACCUCAGAGAAAGGUUUCUUCAUGUGCAGCACAACUGUUGCAUGGUGUGAAGCUUCUGUUUGUCUUAGAGGUUACAGGAGUGGUGUUUGAAAAUAGGUAAAUGUGAUGGUUUUCUGUUUCUCUGGUGGAGUGAUGUCUAUGGUGCUUCUGUAACUGGAGUAAUUUUUAUAGCAGCCCUUAGUGUGUUCUUAAGUAUAUCUUGGUAAUUAAGCCCUUCCAGCCUCCAAUUUGUAGUGCUGAAAAGUGGAUAAAGUCUACCUCCCUUUCCAGCAUUCUCAGCUCUUAAGGGUUUUAAUCAAAGAGACUAUUUAUAGUUAUCCUUUUAUAAAAGAUUGAGUUGAAAUCUUUGUGAAAUGGGGCUAAAAAAAACUCUAGUAGUUCUGCAAAAAGAGAUAUAAGCUAGGUAAUAGGAAAACUGUGAUACUACUUCACAGGGACUUGUCUGUGUUCAAUGUCUGUUAAAAACUUUAAACCUCAGAACCUUCCUUAGAGUUGGGGAGGGCCUGUUAAUUUGCAGUGAAGAAAACUCACUCAUGGAAAUGAGUGGUUCACUACAUGCAGAGAGAUGUUUUUCUUUUGAGAGAGUGGGAAAUAAUUUUCUUGAGAUGUGUUUCCUUUUUUGUCCCUCUCUGUUUACUUUUUAGACAUUUUAUUUACUGCUCAAGCCUCUUCAGUGUUGGAGAACUAAUUAACUAAGAACCAAGAGACUGAAAGCUUCGUGUAUGAAAAAUUAUAAUUGCUGUAACUGGCAAUUUGUUUCAAGUGGUUUGGGAAGGAAAGGAUUGUUCUUCUGUUCUGUCCAACUUAGAAGAAUCUCAUUUUUAAAUCUUGCUAUUCACUGAAGAGUCACUUUAGAGCUUGGAAUGUUACAGUCUCAAACUCCUAGAGAACUUUAUGGCAAAACUAGUGAAGAUGAGACCCUUAAUAAGUCUGAUUCGAUAAGACAAAUAGGCUGCAGUGCCUUAUACAAAGAAACAAGGAAGGACAAAGAGCAUGGUUAAAAAAGUUUUCGGAUUGUCUGCCAGCCUCAAAGGGAAGUAACUACUUUUUUUUGUGAAUGAUUUCCCUCACGUACAUACUUUGCCUAUUGGUAGGUAAAGAAAUAAUGUAAUUAUAUCAGAUAAAAAAGUAUCUUCCAUAUAAGUUUGAUCAACAAUUUUGAGAUUUUCAAAAAUAUACAGGUAGGAGGGUAGACUAGAUGAUUUCUGAAAGAUUCUUCUAGCUAUAUUAUUUUCAAAAGUGCAUUUCAGGUUGUUUGCAGGCUUCCUUUCAGCUGUUAGAUUAGAAUUAUGCCACAGAUGCCACAUUGUCUAACUACAGUUACUCUGUUCACUAUAGUCUGUGAGUUGACAGUGAUCAUAAUCAUACUACGAAUGCUUGACUUACGUGAAUUAAUACAAUGAGGUGUGCUGAAGUGAGAGGCUGUCCUUAGCUGCUGCAGUUCAGCCUGCUUUGCUAACAUGAGUAUCAGCAGAGAUCAGGUUUUGAUUCAUACUGUUUAAUAGGUCUUCUAGUUCAAAACACUAUCUUGGCUUGGUUUCUGUAGUUCUGUGUGAGGCUACAAAGUGGGUGACAGUACUUAACUGACUUAAUAUAGUGCUAAAAGCAACCGUUUGUGGAGGAAAGUGCAGGGCUCUCUGAAGGACUGCGAAGGGUUGGAUAUUCAGCAUUAUGUAAAAGGGCUGUCUGUUUUGUAGAACUGUGUCAGGUAUCUUUUUGAGAAAAAAAUCGUGAAACAACCUGGACAGCUUCAUCAGCUGCUCAUCUGCUCUUAGGUCAAUGCUUUAACUAAUGUUACAGCUGUGAAUAUUUCACGUCUCUCAGUUCCAUAUGCUACAGUCUGUCAUUUCACAAUACAUUUUGGAAGAAAUGUAUGCAUUUUAUUUGAUUUUUGUCUACAAAGGUCUGUGGAGGAAUAUGCGCACAAAUGAAUUGUAACUGCCGAGUUUCUUUCCAGACUCCACUCUUGCUUCAAAAGGGCACACACGGACACACCUCUGUGUCAAGCACCAGGUACUCUGGCCAUGGACUGACUCUGGGAAGGGUGUUAACUAGUGUUAACUUGUUUGAUGGCUUCAAGUCCGAUUCCGUUCCUGCACUAGUGCAGGCUCUAGUUUAGUAAUAGAUUGUGCUCCAUUGUCCAGGAGCUAUUAAAUGCUACCUGCAUCCCCCAGCCUGUGUUGAGUUUGGGACAAGCCUUUAUGGAUUGUCAUAAACUGCAGUUCUGCAUUUGGCACUGUUGGGCAUGGGACUGUUCACGGUGGUUGGCUACACCAGUAGGUGUAGGGCUGCAGAGUUGGCACUGUGAAUGUUGGGAGGCUUUCUGUGCCGAGGGUAGGACUUGAAGCUGCUUUAUACACAAUAUGUAUGUAUAUCGUGAAUUUUCCCUUUAUGUCCCCUUAGUCAACUCAGCCAGUCUAGUCUUUUGCCUUGGAACAACACCUUCAUGAAUCAGAUGUGAUGUUUGGCCUUACCUGGAUGGAAGAAAAAAGUUUUGUAUAUGUAUAACGGAAUGUAUAAAAAAGAGCCUGCAUUUGAUUUUUGACUAGAUAUGAUGCUGAUCUUGUGUACCAGCUGACAGUUCUCUGAUAAUCUGUCAUUUUAAAUUACAAUUUUUUUCACUGGAACAGACUGAAUGUAUCAUCUGUCAGGUUUCUUUAGUGUUAUCCUGGUUUGUUAAAGAUCUGAGGCAGUUCUCCACAGAUUUAACUGUUACGUGGAAAAUACUCAAAUACAACAUUUUAUAUGAUGUUU